AUGCAGCCCUGGUCCGCACCCCGGUCUUUCAACCCCUCGUUUUUCGCCAAGUUCCCUGCGCACAAAUGGGAGUUUAAUCAUUUCGCCACAUACUCCCUUGAAAAGGGGGAGAUCACCACCGCACUUGACGCCAAGCACGCAUGGAAGGCAGGACUGAGCGACAUUACUAACUCCGAGUGGACCCCCCAGGAUGUCGUUGCUCAUGCCGAGCGCCUAGAGAUGGAGCCCGACGGAGAGAUCAGCAAUGUGGUCCAGCAGAUGUUCGUGCUGAGGUCCGUUGAAGUUGUAGCAUCUGCGUCGGAAAGAGCUGCAAAGGUGAAGUCGGCAAGGUCAGCGAGUAAGAAGGCUGAAGAGUUGGCAGAAUCGUUCCUUCACCACAAUAACUCCGACGACAGGAACAUAAAGCGACACAAGUGCCCCGCACCGUGGACCGCCCAUGCCCGCAAGCUCUGGAAAGAUAUCAAAGUCUUCAACCUUGCUUUGAGCUCGGACCGGGAUGCACUAUCCAACGUUGCCUUGGAAAGUAUCCGCUCCGAACUGCGUCUACACCACUUGGACCGAGACGCUCUGGAUGAUUUGGAGGAGGCGCUUAAUGCUUUCCAGCACUUGACCUCGAUCGAGACCCUGACCGAUGUACUCAAGGAGAACUAUCCAAGAAUGAAGGGCCUUGGGGGCAGUGUCAGGAGUCAGGAGUUGGCAUACAUAUGGCGCGCCUUUGAUACGAUGAUGGACAUAUGGGAGAGGCCAGCUUCGACAAAUGGAUGGCGUGAGGGCUGGUAUGCUUCUAACAUCCACGGCCCUUUGCUCUCUAUUAUCAAAUUAAUCGGCGAUACUGAGUAUAGGAUGACGGACAUAAAGAGCAAGGCAUUGGACCUUUAUAAGGAGGACAUGCGACACGAUGCCCUCCUUUCCCACACUGGACUAAUGGUCGAUUUGGUCGUGAUGGAGGCAAAGCCUCAUUCCCAGCUAGCAGGACGGCGGGCUGACCUUAAGAAGGUCGAGAAGGCGAUGAUAGCCAAUCUCCGCCUUCUUCAGCGCCGCCUUCCUGAUGAUGAUCCGCAUCGUAUCGCCGAGAUGCGUACAUUUGGGAUCCUUUGCUCAGGCUAUACCAUUUCAUUCCUGGAGGCCCGAGUUGACAGUGGCGCUUACCUCAUCUAUGUCGUCGGCAAAACAGAGCUCGGGAUCAUUGCUCGCAUCGGAUCUACUGUACCACAUCACUUUGAUCUCUAUCUUCUCUUUAGCAAGCUUGACGAUCUCUUGUCAGUUGUGACAUUGGAGCUGAGACGGAUAGGGGCGUUGUUAUCUAGCUAG